AUGGUAUCCGAGGAUGCCGCAUCGUCGUCGGGCAAGGAUGUGAACUACGACUACGACUUCGAGUGUAGCAGCAGUGGAGAAGAACUCGAUGGGAGACGAAUUGAAGAAGAGUAUAUCACCACCGCCAUCGAAGAGCCUCGAGACAGCGACAGUCAGGCCACCCAUGAGCUCCACACUGAUGGUCUCCCCGAGGAAUCAUCCACGACGAAAGACAUCCCGAAGGUGAUGAGCGUCGAAGGCGUUUAUAAUGACGAGGAGGAUAUGCCGGAGACCAGGUACCCCAGUGAUGUUGAUAGGACCCCUCGAGAUGAGUCCGCCAAUCUAUUCACUGUUCACGCCACGGCUACCAGACCGCACUGCGGGAAGCAGAAGCCUCGUCAUCGUCGAGGAGGGGUUAUGGUGGUUGAACUAUCGAAUCAUAUCGAAGUAGCACGCACUCUCAGCUACAACGACAUCCUGGCCGAGGCGAUCAUGUUCGAGCCUAAGGUGGCGUAA